CGCGCGUAUAUAAAGAGCUAGUGGUCGGCCGUGAAGCCUUACACUUGAUCUGUUUGCAAGACAACCGAGAGUCUAUUGCCAGAAUAAUGCAGGCCCUGACCGUCGCUCUCUUCCUCGGCCUUCUGGCCUUCGCCGCCGCUGGCUUCCUCGGCCACGGAUACGGCCACGGAUACGGCCAUGGCUACGGCCACGGCCACGGCUACGGCAAGGCUUACGUCGCCAACUCCGCUGUGACCUGGUCCAUCACCCCCUCCGCCCUCGGCGGAUACGGUCACGGUGGAUACGGCGGAUACGGCCACGGCUAUGGCCAUGGAUACGGGCACGGAUACGGACAUGGAGCUGUGCUCCUCGGCUAUGGUCACGGAUACGGCCAUGGCUACGGCCACGGCUAUGGUCAUGGUUACGGCUACUGAGGCUUCGGCGAGCUCUACGGUG